UCCUGUCAGUGUGUCCCAUUGGAUGGCGAGCUUCCUGUCAGUGUGUCCCAUUGGAAUGUGAGCUUCCUGUCAGUGUGUCCCUUUGGAAUGUGAGCUUCCUGUCAGUGUGUCCCAUUGGAAUGUGAGCUUCCUGUCAGUGUGUCCCAUUGGAUGGCGAGCUUCCUGUCAGUGUGUCCCAUUGGAAUGUAAGCUUCCUGUCAGUGUGUCCCUUUGGAAUGUGCGCUUCCUGUCAGUGUGUCCCAUUGGAAUGUGAGCUUCCUGUCAGCGUGUCCCAUUGGAAUGUGAGCUUCCUGUCAGUGUGUCCCAUUGGAAUGUGAGCUUCCUGUCAGUGUGUCACGAUUCAGUAUCAGUGUGUUCUAACUUGUAACUCGCUGAGUUAAAAACUGCACUUCCCAGCAACUCUUCAUUCUCAAUGAGCCCAGAUAGACAGGCAGGAAGAUAGAUGGAUAGAUAGAUAGAUAGAUAGAUGGAUGGAUGGACUAAAUGGAUAGAUGGACUAGAUAGAUAGAUAAACAGAUGGGCUAGAUAGACAGAUGGAUCAAUACAUAGAUAGAUAGAUAGAUGGAUGGAUAAUACAUAGAUAGAUAGAUAGAUGGAUGGAUGGAUCGAUACGUAGAUAGAUAGACUACAUAAAUAGAGAAUGCACUUACUGAAAAGUUCUCACAGGGUCAGGGGCUACACAGUGUGUCCCAUUGGUGCACAAAAGUGAAGUGUCCACAGUUGACAGGAUGGAUAGCAAGAAGCUUUUUCCCAGAGUGGGGGACUCAAUUACUAGGGGUCAUGAGUUCAAAGUGAGAGGAGGAAAGUUUAAGGGUGAUAUGCGUGGAAAGUUCUUUACACAGAGGGUGGUGGGUGCCUGGAACGCGUUGCCAGCGGAGGUGGUAGACGCAGACACAAUAGCGUCUUUUAAGAUAUAUCUGGACAGGUACAUGGAUGGGCGGGGAGCAAAUGGACACAGACCCUUAGAAAAUAGAAAUCAGGUUUAGUCAGAGGAUCUGGAUUGGCGCAGGCUUGGAGGGCUGAAGGGCCUGUUCCUGUGCUGUAAUUUUCUUUGUUCUUUGCUCUUGACAAUGUGGCCACAGAGAAUCAAAGAAAUGAAUUAUCCCAGUGCAGAAUCACGAUUAUGUUAGGGUACAAAUCGCGACAGCACAUUGCAGAAUGUAAGCCGUUCACUUCUGUUCACCACUUCCAGGGGGGAAAACGCAUCAGAUCGGAAGCUCCAAGCUGACCCCCAGAGUGGUGUGGGGGUGCUUAUAUCAAAAUUCAUUCCUGUGCAACACCCAGAAACAACAUCAACACAACAUCAACCCUCUGGGACAAUGGGCCAACUGAUCCUAUCUUGUUAAACUCCCAAAUUAAUUUUCAGCACUGAAAUAAAGCUCUCCUUCCCCUUGCAUUCCAUAGGAAAAGCCAGCAAUUAUAUGUUGUCAGGGAAGUAGCCGGUGGGAACAAUCCGAUCAGAUGGGGAGAAAUGGGGAGACUGACCCGAGGUGAUUGGAUGAGUCCCCAACUUCUGGCCGAUCCAUGGAUAUAAAGGGAGCGAGGACAAUUGGGAUCAUCAACAUGGUGCUCCUCAUGACCACCACUGUGUUUCCGCUGAGCGUCAAUCUAAAAGAGGAUGUGAUUUACGGGAUCAGUGGGGAGGCCAUAUUCCUCGAGGCCAGUUAUCACGUGGAGCCCUCGAGCAGACUGCACAGCAUCAUUUGGAAGGUGGACAAUGCCGGCGCCACCCGUAUCCUUCAGUACAUUGUCAGCAAGAACACAACACUUCCAUCCAGCCCAUACCGCAAUCGCAUCCAGUUUGACAGUGAGACGGGCACCCUCAGACUCUCCAACUUCUCUCAGCUUGACCAAGGCACCUACCAGAUCACAGUGACCGCUGAGGAUGGUGCAGAAGACAAAGCCUCUGCUCUGGUCACCCUGUACGAGCCCAUUGUAGGGGUCAUGGUUACCAUGAUGCCCAACGAUACCACCUCCGUGUGGAAUGUAACUCUGAGUUGCUCCGCAGAGCGUGGCACUCAACCGGAAUUCUCCUGGACAAAGGAUUGGAAGAACGUCACAGAGACAGAGAGGUUGUCCAUCAUUAAUUCUGGACAGACUCUAGUUAUGCACAUGGUCAGUGCAGAGGACUGUGGGAUCUACACAUGCCGUGUUGCAAAUCAACUCAGCAACAAGACGCAGAGCAUGAAUUUUUUAGCAUCUCCAAGCUUCCCUCAGUGCAGGAGAAAUCCGAGCUCACCGAAGAGAAACCAUUACCUGCCUGUUGUCGUACUUGUGGCCUUUGGCAUCGCAUUAGCGAGCUUGGUGAUAUAUUUCACAAAAGUCAGUAAACUCGCUCUCCAGAGGACCAGGCCAAAGAAUCCAGUGAGCAAGGAGCGAGAAUGAGAGAAUGCAACAUCCCGUCACGAGCAACGCUGCACCUUCCUCCGAUGACUAUCAUGUCACUUCUGCUGCGUCUUUGAAAAUAUCAUAAACUCAAAACCGACCGAGAUGGGGUCCCUUACCACGCUGCAUCCUUUUGGUGUACCACACAUUCUCCUCUUUCCUUUCCUGCGCAUUGUCACCCACAAAACUGGGCAUGGCUCGAGCUGAGGAUCAUCACGCAUCAGCAAGUGUGGGAAUUGAAACAAUGUUGGUAUCACAGCCCUCCACAAGCCAGCCGUACAACAUGCUCAGCUCACCAAUCCUGAUUCUGGUUGCUACAUGUAUCUCAACUGCUGCUGCAUCCCUUAACCUGUUGCACUUACCUUCACUCAAACUCAGUCCUUUACACUACAAUGCACUUAUCCCAACCAAUUCCACUUAUCCCACUUUGCUGAACAUCUGCCUGGACUUCUUUUGCCCCCUUUCCAUUCCUGCAUUAAUAUCUCCCCUCGUACAGAAGUGGGACAAGCUCCAGAGGCUUUCGAAGAUGUGAGUGAAAGAUGACAGCACCAUGUCUCCAAAAUCUGGAGAGAUGCUUUGCUCAGCAGUGCAAUUAAUCGCCAUGUGAUCACCAGUAAACAGACAGGAAUGCUCGCAUCAGUAUUAAUUAAUGUGGAACCAAAUAUGGGAGAAGACGAGGACAGGGACAUUCAGAGGCUUGGCUCCUGUAGUGACCGUGGGCCAGGGUGUUCCACAAUCAUCUGAAUUCCUGCUGAAAUCUUUCCCUCUGUCACUGAGCUGCAAAGCCAUCAAACAGUCACCCAUCCUGUGCACAGCUCACUGAGGAGUGCAGUUGGACACAAUAAUGGAGUUUGGAAGGGAGAUAGCUAACAAAAGCUGGGCCGCAAGUAAGCUGGCCUAAUCAAGAAGCCGGCAAUAACCAUCGAGAGGGAAGGCCAAAGAACAGAAAGUGACCUGAAGGUUUUAACUGUUCAGGGUGGGAAUGGACAGAAGCUUACUGCCUAAUCCUGCUCUCACUCGUGGCCAGUUCAGAACAAAUGCAAUAGUGGAAAACCUCAAUUUAUGCCACAGACGGGCACCGUGCGGGCGAACUGGUUGGCAUUGCACGUGAAUUUCAGUUCCGCUGUGUGAUGCCAGCCAUAGAUGUGUCACCUUUGGCUAAUUGAUUCAGGCAGGUUGUGCCAGGCAUGCAGCACUGGGCUGCACCCACAGCCUACGCUUCGCAAAAUGCAAAACAACACGGCUGUUGGUGGGAGGCAUUGGGUGGGACUUGCAGGAAAAUCCUGAGGGCAUGGUUGGCAACAGUAGCCAGCAAUAAAUUAUAAGCUGAUAACACGGCUGGUUCAUGCUUGCUGAGAGUCAUAUAUAUUUACAAGUAGGGACCUGUUCAUGUCAAAUGCUUUCCUCGAGAUAAGAUUUUGGCCAAUCGGAAUCCACACGCCUUCCAGCCAGCCCUCCAGGAUAAAUUAACGCGGCCCUCUGUAACUUGGCAAUCUUGCAAUGGUCCUGACGAUAAUGUUUGGUCACAACCUUUGUCAAAGGGCUUACAAUAGGGUUAGGAAUGGAGCACAGAGCGAGCGAGAAAAGAAUGAAAGUGUUGACAAGAAGCGAGACUGUUGGAUCAGAGAUGAAACAGCAAACGAGCAGACGGGUACUGCAGGUGGCAUGGCGUUAUAGACUGAAUCACCUCUAUGUCUCCCUCAAAUUGCCUCCACUGCUUUUUCAGAUUUUGCUGCCGUUUGUAAAGCAGCUGCGUCCCAGUCUCCGUUGCUCUGAGCUGACUACGAAGCAGUGUAUGUCUGCAUCGCUUAAGCCCAGGUUACAAAGGUACCUUACAGCUGUGGCCCGAUUCAUGCUUUCAGUAUGUUCUCUCCCAAUUCAAGUAUCUUCUCCCCAGGGAGAACGGGUUCAGCACUUUCAUCAGUUUCAGUGUCACUGAUUGGGAGAACCGACGAUGCAGUAGCUGUUCUAAUGCAGGGAGCAAUUUCAGAAUGCUCUCCAUGUUUUCAGUUCCUGCCAUGGUCACAUCUCUCAGUAAACUGUCACCCCCUCCAGCCCCUACACCCCCUCCCUAUCUCUGUCACC